AUGACAGAUAAAUUUAAAACAUCGAUAACUAACACUAAUAGUAAUUCAUCAUUAUUUACGCAAGAAUUUGCAAAAAUUAUUCGACGUUAUAAAAGAUUUUGUGUAUAUAUUAAACGAUUACUUGAAGAAACUAAUAGAUCCUAUAAUGAAAUAAACGAUAAACGUGUUCUUGUAUCUGAAAAAUUUUCUGAGAUUAAAUUAUCAGAGGUAAAUCGAGAAUUCAUUGAGAAUUUAUCAUCACGACCGGUAGCUUUGAUUAUUUGCUCGCAAACAUACAAUGGAAAAGCACGUUUUGUCAAUGAACUCCUUAAUGAAACUCUACUACCGGAAUCGCCCAUUAUUAAAAACAAUGAUAUUGUACGCAUGAUUCGAAUUAAGCAUCAUGUAACAACUGGUGUUGGUUUAAAUAUAUCAGGUUCAUUUGAACUUGUCGAUACCGGUGGUGUUCAAACAGCAGCAUCAUGGUCAACUGUACCACGUGAGGAUAUAAUUGUAAAUGAUGAAAAGGAUUGUCGUCCACAUCGCAUUGACGAAGACAACGAUCAAUAUGAAACAGCAUUAUUAGAAAUUCGAAAGCCGUUAAUUUUGCUUGGUAAUGAUUUACAAAUAUUAAUAACACCCAGCAAUCAAAAAUUACACAUCAAACAAAUCUAUUCACAAAUAACAGAAGGCACUACACCUAUAUUUGUUUAUAUAAUUGAUCAGAAGAAAUUAUCAGACAAUGAUUUAGAAGAUUUACGAUUAUUUCGUACUGUCACAACAAAUGAACCAAUCCUAUUUAUUCGAAUUGAUCAGAAGAAUUCACCCGAUAAUCCAUCGUUAAAUAUAGAUGAAACACCAUGCGUGCAAAUAUUUAAACAACUAUUUGAUCUUGGUUUUGUUUCAUUAGUACCGACUGAAUCAUGUGAUGAAACAUCUGAAGCCAGUUCAACUCAAUUUCAAAGUGAUAUAAUUGACAAUGGUUUAAGUAAUUUUCCAUUAUUUUUAAAUUAUAUUCGUAAGCAUCUUGACCGAUUAACUAUUCGAGCGGUUAGUAAUUUACAAUGUUCACAAGAACUUUGUUUGGAUAUUUUCAAUGAUAGUGCCUUUGAAAUGGCAAGGGAUAUGCUGAUCACACCUAAACGAUUGAAUUACACUCGUGAAAAAGAAAAAGAACUCUAUGAAUCUUUAAUAAGUUUAACAAAUUCUAAACAAAAUGAAAUUCAAAAAUUAAUUCUUGAAGCGAUUGGAGAAAUACAGGAGAGAUUAAUUGAUCAAGCUUGUUCAUUAGAAAUUUCUGGAAUCGAAUUGACUGAUCAACUAACAGUAAAAACAACGAGAGAUUUAAAAAAGUGUACAAAUGUUAUUCAGGAUUUUGUACUUGAACGAUUUAAUAAGGCGAUCGCUGAAAAAUUAGUAUGUUCAGUUAGUAUUUUACAUGAAGAUUAUGUGGGAACAUUGACACGUUGUCUUAGUAAUUUGGAACGUAAUCAAGAUGACGAUGACAGAAGUACAUCGGCAAGUGAAGCUUUACAAGAGAUUCUUCAGUCAGCAUAUCAAGUGAAUAUAUCCGUGCCAACAAAUUCGAAUUUUUUUAAAAUAUUAAUCGAUAAAAUGAAAGAGCUCUUUCGAACAUUCAGUUGGAGUAAUUGUCCACGUAUUGAUCCUGAUUUUAAACGUUCUGUUGCAUCAACCAUAUUACAGAAUCUUAGUGAAGCAAAAUUGGCAAAAGGUGUUUGUGCUCAAUUGAAUGAUCGGAUACGCAUGUCACAUGAAAAUUUUGACACUCUACUAAAACAAUUAGAACAUCGACAUUCCGAUCGGUUGAAAUCUACCGAAGAUAAACAACAACGUGUGAGAAAAGAAUUUACACCGAAAAUAGCGCGACAUUUACUUGAAAGCACAUCAUUAAAAGAUCUUAUUGAAUAUGGAUUACCGAAAUUAGGACGUGAACUUGGCCGAGGCCAAUAUGGAGUUGUUUAUGAAUGUGAAAGUUGGGCUAAUCAACGUUUAUGCGUAUUGAAAUCUGUUGUUCCACCGGAUGAUCGCCAUUGGAAUGAUCUUGCCUUGGAGUUUCAUUAUUUAAGACGAAUUCCUGAACAUCCAAGAGUUGUUAAAUUAAUUGGAUCAGUUAUUGAUUAUUCAAAUCGCGAUCAAACACCUGUAUUACUUGUAAUGGAAAGACUUAAACGAGAUUUACAUGCAGCAUUGAAACACAAACUACCAUUUCAAACUAGAAUACAGAUUUCAUUGGAUGUUAUUGAAGGCUUACGCUAUUUACAUGGACUGGGUUUGGUUCAUCGAGAUAUUAAAUUAAAAAAUGUUUUAUUGGAUAGUUUCGAUCAUGCACGAUUAACUGAUCUUGGAUUUUGUAAACCAGAAGUCAUGAUGAGUGGCUCACUGGUUGGUACUCCUAUUCAUAUGGCUCCGGAAUUAUUUACAUCGAAAUAUGAUCAUACUGUUGAUAUCUAUGCAUUUGGUAUAUUGUUCUGGUAUAUCUGUUCAAAUUGUGUUAAACUACCGAGUAAUUUUGAUAUUUGUCCAUCGAAAGAUGUACUUUGGUCGCGAGUAAAACAAGGUGUUCGACCUGAACGUUUGAGUUUUUUCACUGACGAAUGUUGGGAAAUAAUGAUAAAAUGUUGGCAACCUCAACCAUCUCGUCGACCUUAUUUAGGAGAAGUGCAAGAAAAACUUGAGGAUAUUUUUAGUAAAACAAUUCCGAAUGUUUAA